AUGGACGUUCCACCAGAUGGAGGGUAUGGUUGGGUGGUUGUUGGUGCGAUAUUCUGGAAUAAUGCACACCACUGGGGUCUUGUCUCGAGCUAUGGUGUUUUCCUCGCAUAUUUCUUGUCUCACUCUCACUUUACUGAGGCGACAAGCCUGGAUUAUGCUUUUAUUGGUGGACUGUCUGCAUCGCAGGCUUUGCUGAUGGCUCCAUUUGCUUCGGUCAUCAAUCGACGAUAUGGGCUGAAAGUUGCUAUGAGCUUGGGUGUUCUACUUGAAACUGCAGCACUUCUUGGGGCAUCCUUUAGUACCAAGAUUUGGCAAUUGUAUCUGAGCCAGGGUGUGUGUUUCGGCUGGGGAUUGGGCCUUCAAUAUGUUUCCACUAUUCCAAUCAUUCCGCAAUGGUUCGCCAAGCGAAGAAGUCUUGCUGCAGGACUAGCUGCUGCCGGUAGUGGUACUGGGGGAUUGAUAUAUUCCCUGGGAGUAAAUGCAAUGCUUACGCGGUUUGGGUAUGGCUGGACGUAUCGCAUUCUCGCUAUUGUGCAGUGUGUUGUGAAUGGUGUUUGUUUGAUGAUCAUUCGAGACCGCAAUAAAAUGACAGGAACUAAGACUUUCAACCUCAAAUUCGCAGAUGUUGUUAAGCGGCCUGAGCUGUGGUUGUUCUGGGGGUGGAGCUUUUUGAGCGUGAUGGGCUUUAUGGUUAUUUGGUACUCGCUAAGUGAUUUUGCACGAAGCCUUGGCCUCACCUCCCAUCAGGGGUCCAUUGUAGCUGCAAUUAUGAACUUGGGCACAAUCAUCGGUCGUUCCGGCACGGGGUAUGUCAGUGAUAUACUUGGGAGAAUGAACACAGCAUCCUUCGCCACGUUCGUCACUGGUGUGUUAUGUCUCGUCCUUUGGACUUUGGCUCGAUCCUAUGCGGCCACUCUUUGUUUCGCUUUCUUUGGUGGACUGGUAUUCGGAACCUUUUGGAUGGCCGUGGCUCCUCUAGCAACAGAGGUAGUGGGACUGAGAUAUUUGCCUUCGUGUCUCACUAUCACUUGGGUUAUCUGCGUUAUUCCAGCUACUUUUGGCGAAGCCAUCGGUCUCAAACUCCGGACCCAAGGAGAUCGAGAGUAUCUCCACGUUCAGUUGUUCACGGGGUUUAUGUAUAUUGGAGCCUCAAUUUGCGUGUUUUUCCUUCGCAUGUGGAAGUUAUCCACGAAUGAAAAUAUGACCAGCCAGCCGACCUCGACGGUCGCAGAUUCGAAGGAUGCUGCUAUUACAUCCGUUGAGGAGUGUCGAGAGGGAUCCUCAAUUAAAACGUGGAUCAAGGUGACUAAAGUAUAA